AUGCCUGCAGGCGCGGCCGACGCCGUUCCGCCAGGCGGUCAGGCGCCCCUACCACCUCCUGACCUCAUGACCUCGCUCCCCGCACCCGUCCUUCGUCUCCUGAUCGUCUUUGCGGGUCCGAUCGCCGCCCUCCGCGCCGUCCUCGAAGUACUGCUCUGGAAGCCUGAGCGGCGCGUGCAGAGCUGGAUGUUCCUCCUCGCAUGGUGGUUCACGUGCCUUUCAGGCGCGUACGUGUUUGCCUGGCUGGCGCCACCACUUCUAUUCGCGCCCCUGCUUCCGCUGCAGCGGUUGCGCCUCGGCGAGCGUAAAAUGCCCGUACAAACGACACCGGCGCGCCCGGCAACCUCGGAGACCCUUCUCCAGACCCUUGGCGACGUGUAUAAGAUCCUGGCGCUCCUCCCACCAUCCCCCCUCCCGCCACUGUCCGCGACGUACGCACGGUUUCGCGCUCUUGGGGCGCGCCGCCUGGUCCGCGGCCUCGCCGUUAUCUGGGGUCUCUGGAUCGCGCUUGAUCACACACUCGGCACACGCGUCCUCGUCGCCCUUGUUGGAACCGGUCUCAUUCUCGCCCCAUCCCCUCCCCUCGCUCAGGUCGUGCACUUGGCCGGCAAGAGCCUCGCCGUCCGCCGCACCCUGGCCCUGGUAUUCCUCCUCAUCUUCGGGUCGCCCGACCGCGACUACCGUCUCGGCUCCCCGAUUGGAUGGCUCAAGAGCAAGUGGGUGAGCUCCAGGCGCCCAUCCACAGUUCUCGCCUCGAAGCCGGUCAAGGCGGUCGACUCACCAGCGCCCGCCGACCGCGCAGGCAAUCCCAUCUACUUCCGCUUCGAGCUACACGAAAAUCAGCGCUGGUGGAUGGGACUGGACUGGACGUCGGCUCUGCUCCCUCAAGAGCGCCCAAGUUGGUGCGACUCACAUCUCUUACCUGUCGCGCCGCCUCAAGCUUUCGCACUCCCCGCCCCCUCCUCCAUCGACCUGCCAGCACACACGCACACCGAACCGCGUGGAAUGCUGCGUCGAACCGCGACAUGGCGUUGGCUUGAUGAUGACUGGUCCGUCGUCAAGAAGGUCAAAGGUGCACCAGCGCCCUCUGACCCUACGCCUGUCGCGCCUCCUGCACCUGUGGCCCGACCCGCGCCGGGUCUUUUCUCACCCAGCGAUGGACGAUCACCGUCGAUCGCCGAGACAGCGUUUGCCAAGGGCCUCGGGAAGCUGAAGAGCGUCCCACUACCUGGUACUCCAGCGUCUUCUUCACCUGCGCCGGCCAAGGCCUCGACGGACUCGCGCCGACAGCGCACAGGCUCCGAGAGCACGGAUGCGUCGCAUGAGGAUGUAGUCAGCUCCGCGGCAGGACAGCCCGAAGGUUCGAUCCCAGAGGCCGAUGACGAGACGGACGCGGACGGGUGGGUGUACGGCGACAACAAGUGGGAGAACAUGACUGCCAGGGGUGGGCUGGGUAAGUUUACGCGUCGCAGGCGAUGGACGCGCCGCGCCGUCUGCACCGAGAGCGUGCACCGCAUUGCAGGGGCUCAAACGUCGUGCGACGAGGUCCCAGAAAGCGGGAGUGGGGCUGCUACCCCCAUGGCGCGCCGUUCAAGUGGUGGCGUGCUACGCGGGCCGGGGUCGUCACCCUCCAAGGCCGGCGCGACGACUGCGUCUUCCGUGACCAGCGACGAGCACAAGGAACACCGGCCCAUCGUCGCCCCGGUUCCAGCACCCUCGUCCAUCGUGCCGCCGGCCCGCACCAGCCUCGAUCGCGACCAGCAGCUCAAGCAGCGCCUCAAAAAGGCCAUGGGCAACAUGGGCGCAUAG